UGCUAUUAUGGCACAGACGGAGUAGAAGAAUUUAUUCAAUAAUCCUACGAACCAAACAGAAGACAUCUCGCCGUCGCCGAAGAGUGCCCCGCCGUGCGAAUGCCAUCUCCGCCGCCUUCACUCUCAUCGCUAUGCCGCUGCCUGUGCUUCCUCCUGACCAUCCUCUUCCUGCUCUCCUCCGCGCGCAGCAGCCUGGAGGAGGCCAGGGCCCUUAGCGUCGGCGAUGAGCUGGUGGGCGAGACCAUCCCGCUUCGCUACGGCCGGAGGCUCUACAGGCUCGCCGAGCUACGGCCGCCCGCGUGGUACGAAAUCAAGAUCUCCUACCCGACCUCCAUACCGUCCAGCUUCUCGAUUCGCCUCGUGAACGGUCCUAAUGCCGUUGAGGAUUUGGGGAGUAAGAACAGGAGGUUGCUCAACACGGAGAAGAUAAUUUUCAAGGCUGAGAGGACCAGGCCGGUUUAUGUUCUUGUCAUGGUGGAGCCUGAGGGUGUGGUUGCAAAGCCAAAUGUGCCAGAGCGAGAGCUUGCCCUGUUCAACAUUGUUUGCGACGAACUUUUGCUCGGGAUCCCACAUUUUGCCUGGUGGGUGGGAACUGCAGCAUUAAUUUGCAUUGUGUUGGCAUCAAUAGCACCAUAUUUCCUCCCGCUGCACAAGCUACUUAACUGUGAAGCUGCAGAAUUGAGCAGCGUUGAUGCAGCUAAGCUUUCCUGAUAAGGCCGAAAUGUGAACUAUGAAUGUUCAGUUUUGUAUAGCAGGCUAGUAAUAUACAUCGGUACAUGUACAGAUGUGGAGUUUUUAAGCUUGAGCUCAAAUGCUCCCGCGUGAA